UUCUGUAUAAAAAUGGAGUGAAUUUCACAUCUUGUACUUUACUCCUUUUCCUCCACUUGCAGUCUGACUGGGGUGGGACAUUCAACCCUAAUCAUGAGUAGGAACUUCUUGUCCAAAAACGAUGAGCUUCGCAAGGGAGACUUUCUGAUUUCCAACAACGGGGAGUAUAAGGCUGUCUUCCAGGAUGAUGGUAACUUUGUCAUCUACGGCUGGAAGCCUGUAUGGGCUUCAGACACUUCUGGUUCAGACGUUUUCCGCCUGUGCAUGCAGGCUGACUGCAACCUGGUCAUGUACAACAAGGCUAACGGUCCCAAAUGGCAAACAAACUCCCACAAGUCAGGAGAUUGCAACAUGUGCCGUCUUCAUCUGACCAACGAUGGCAAACUGGUGGUGUACAAAGAAGGUGAUGAAAUUUGGAGCUCUGCUAACUCCAGAGGCAUGAAAUGAUGUCAUGGCAUGACAAGCCUAUUGUAAUUGAAUGCUUUGCAAAGGAAAAUCAUCUCUGGAUUACAGCUUGAAUUACAAUAAACCUGGCUGCCAUGUAAUCUGUAAUCAAAUAAAAACACAUUUUCACAAUGUA